GGAUUCCACGGUGUGCUCAUUUGACUUUGAAAACCCUGUAGCCAAGUUGGCGAUGCGUGUUAUUUGGUUCCAUUUCAACAUUUCGUUUCAACAUGUCUUCCCAAGCCGAUUAAACUCUUAAUAGACGCUACUCUGACAUUUUGAGAACACCACGGUGCGUACCAGCUUAGCAUCAAGCUAGCGGGCCUUUGUCAGCCGGGAGCAGAACCAAAACAACAACAGCAUCACCAUCAAUGGUGUGUCUACAUCCAGGAGCAGUCACAUUGUCCUGUGUGUGCUCAAUGAACUAUCACCUCAGCUCACAUCACGGCUGCACAUGUAUGGCGUUUGCAAGACGUGAAGGGGAGUUCUGCCAAGCCCAGCACCUGCUGCUCAUUGUGGACAAGUGAACCAGAUACUCCAAAGGCACAAAUACUGCCAUACACGCUCACACAGGCUUUCAUUGCCAUCCUGUCAAACCCAUAUGAAGAAAGGACACCGUUUUGGGAACAGAGGAGGCUUUGCAUUGCCUUUGACUUCCUCGCCACUCCCUUUCUACGCUAAUUUACUUUGCUGAGUAAUUUUUGGGCUGAGAAUUUUUUAAGGAAAGCCAGCACAGGUCUUUUUUUUUUUUUUUUGGCCAUCCUUUUUUAUAAAGCACAGUACCUUUUUUGUAAAUUAAAUAAAAAUGAAUCGACCGGCUGCAGUGGAAAUCUCCUAUGACUGUUUAAGGUUCCUUAUCACGCACAAUCCCACUAAUGCACAACUUGGAAGGUUUAUAGAGGAUCUGAAGGCAUAUGGCGCUAACACCCUCGUGAGAGUAUGUGCUGCUACUUACGACAAGGCGCCCGUGGAACAGGAGGGCAUUCGAGUCCUGGAUAUGCCAUUUGAGGAUGGCUCCGCCCCCCCGGAGCAGGUGGUUGAUGAUUGGCUGAGUCUGCUGCAGACCAAGUUCCGAGAUGAGCCUGGCAGCUGUGUGGCUGUGCAUUGUGUUGCUGGUCUGGGAAGAGCCCCCGUGCUUGUGGCUCUGGCUCUAAUUGAGUGUGGGAUGGAGUAUGAAGAUGCCGUUCACUUCAUAAGACUGAAGCGUCGUGGAGCAUUCAACUCAAAGCAGCUGCUUUUCCUGGAAAACUACAAACCCAAAUUGUGCUUGCGCUCCAAAGAUGCUAACGGACAGAGCUGCAGCAUACAGUAGGAAUCGGGAUGGACAAGCACCCCCGCCCUCUGUAUCUUUACUGACGUGUCAUAGGACCAAGCGUGUCGUGAUGAUAUUGGAUGUUGUAAGGAUGUCGGUAAAAUUCCCACUCGCUAUACAGAAUCUAAGAUUACACCAGAAGCAACAAGACUCGGCGCGUUUUGAGAACGUGAUGUUCUCAUUAAGUUAACAUAAAGCACACAUUGAAUAUAUGUUACAAAAAGAUUAAUUUUUUUAAUUGUAUUUUGGUGUUUCGCUGUGGAAUAACGUAGCACGCAGGCUAACCAGGCUAGGCUAAUUGGCGACUCCAAAUUGUCCAUAGGUAUGAAUGUGAGUGUGAAUGGUUGUUUGUCUAUAUGUGCCCUGUGAUUGGCUGGCCACCAGUCCAGGGUGUACCCCGCCUCUCGCCCCAAGACAGCUGGGAUAGGCUCCAGCACCCCCUGCAACCCUUGUGAGAAUAAGCGGUAAAAAAAUAAUGAAUGAAUAAUAGAUAUCAAGGCUACGCGGCGGACGAGUGGUUAGCACGCGGGCCUCACAGCCAGGAGACCCUAGUUCAAUUCCACCCUGGGCCAUCUCUGUGUGGAGUUUGCAUGUUCUCGACAUGCAUGCCCACAUUCCAAAAAACAUGCUAGGUUAAUUAGCCACUCCAAAUUGUCCAUAGGUAUGAAUGUGAGUGUGAAUGGUUGUUUGUCUAUAUGUGCCCUGGGAUUGGCUGGCCACCAAUCCAGAGUGUACCCCGCCUCUCGCCCGAAGAAGACAGCUGGGAUAGGCUCCAGCACCCCCUCGUGAGGAUAAGCGGUAGAAAAUGAAAAAAACGUCCCUCGCAGCACAUUCGACAGUUCUGAUGUUUUUAGCUAUUGGCUUGCGCAAACGUCUCCCGGUGGCCGCCAACGAAAAAGUCGCAUUUACUAGUGGUUUACGUUUGGUGAGUCGAAGACGACACAAGUCAGGGAUCUUUCUGCACGUUGCAGUAGGCGAUGUGAGAACCGACGGGGAAAUGGCGAAAUCAGCACAACAGAUUCUACUACGACUAUAUCUACACACGACUGCACAAUGUCACACAACACUGUGAAGCAAAACAAUAAUAUUAGUAUUAGUACCGUAUAUAUAUAUAUAUAUAUAUAUAUAUAUAUAUAUAUAUAUAUAUAUAUACAUAUAUAGACAUGAUACUGUGCGUUGAAAAUGUAGCGCCCGUCUGUGACAUACGGCAACGUUAAUGUGAAGGCAUGGCCACUUUAUUAUGUCUGACAUUGAUAUCGAUACUGCAAUGCAUAUGAUGCAUAUCUGCCAAUUUGACCAUUUUUGGACCGAUGGCAUCAUAGCAUCCCCAUUGUGUACAUGAUAUUAUCAUAUAUGCAGUGUAUAUAUAUAUAUAUAUAUAUAUAUCCAUUAACGGGACCUCCCCUCCUGCCACAUUGGUAAUGGUAAUGGUUUAAUUUCAUUUGAACAUGCAUCAGAUUACAAUUGAAUGCAUCCCAUAAUCAGUUCACAGUUCCACAUGUCCAAAAGGAGUAGGAAGAAGCAAAGCUUAUUAAAUUCUACCCCUCCAUCUGGUACUUUUAUAAUCAGUAACUGUUACAUUUGUUCACUUCCUGCUUUCCUUAUAUAAUUUAAGUUUUGUUUUUUUUUGUAAAUAUGUUUUUUUUUUUAUUUUUUUUUUUAAAUUGUUUAAUUUUAUUUCAACAUAUGAUACAUAUAAUUUAAGUUUUUUUCAUUUUAUUUAUUUAUUUUUUUUAAUUUGGUUUUUAAUUUUUUUUUAUUUACAUUUUUUUUAAUGGUUUAAUUUCAUUUCAACAUGCAUCGGAUUACAAUUGAAUGCAUCACAUAAUCAGUUCCCAGUUCCACAUGUCCAAAAGGAGUAGGAAGAAGCAAAGCUUAUUAAAUCCUACCCCUCCAUCUCGUACUUUUACAAUCAGUAACUGUUACAUUUGUUCACUUCCUGCUUUCCAUAAUACAGUUUAAGGUUUUUUUUUUAUAAUAAUGUACCUCAUACCGAAGUACUCGGUGAUAUGAGCAUCCAAUGCCAUAAUGUGUACCAUAGUAAGUGUCAAUAUAGUGAUAUAUAUAUAUAGCACAUCAUGACUGGUUCAAGACUCUUCAUCCUUGUAUUUAGCAAACAUCAACUGCUUGUAUUGUUUCUAGAAUUGGCUCAUCGUUGUACAUUCAAAAAUAGGUGACACGUUUGCAAAAAUGAUCACAAAACAAAGAAUCACAAUUAUGCUUAGCAAAAAAAACAAAAAACUAUUUUCUUCCUGUGGUGUUAAAGCGAUCCGCAGUAUAAAAUGUCACGAAGUUAUGUAAUAGUCGGUGUCUGCUUUGACUUCUCCAUCCGUGCCACGUAAUUUGCGUCCCGGGGUGUAAAGAUGCAAUCCGACCGACUCGUCUCCGGUAGUCGUUAAAAGAACACACGUUACUGUACUACACACUUGAAGUGUACCUACUGUUUGUCCCAUGUCGCAGUACUGCCACAAGUUUAAAGGGUGUGUUCAACAGAAUGUAUUCUUAAAAGUAAAAAAAAAAAAACAUUUUAUAGAUUGUCUUAGAACAGGGUUGGGCAAACUUUUUGACUCGCGGGCCGCAUUGAUAUAACAAAAUUUCCGGGGGGGGGCAGACUAUAUAUUUUACACGUAACAGUCCACCUGGUAUUAUUGUAUCUGUAAAAUUGUCAUGCAAUCUGCUAUUAUUAUUUAUUUUAUAUUUAUAUUUAAAUAUUUUAAAAAUAAUAAAAUAUUAUAAUAAUUAAAAUAAAAUUAAAAUAAUUAUUAUAUUAUUAUUAUGUAAAAUAUGCAAAUAUAACAAUAUUAUGUAUAAUUAAUAUAAUAAAUAUAAUAAUCAUAAUAGUUAUAAUAAUAAUAUAAUAAUUAUUUUAAUUUUUAUUAUUAUUAUGUGCUUGUGUCUCUUUUUUCAGGAGCACUUUGUAAACAACAGACCAUGUCAAACAACCAAAUUGAUACAACCAUCAAAAGGUUGGCUCAGGCCAUGAUGCCAGGUUGUAUGUUGAGUUUAAAUUAAAUACUUUGGAAAGAUUGGGCGGGCCGUAUUCAAACACUUGGCGGGCCGGAUGUGGCCCCCGGGCCGUAGUUUGCCCACCCCUGUCUUAGAACAUCAAUAGUAUUAUCUUAGUUCCGUCAUAUCUGCUUUUUACAAUACAGCUUGCUAUCGUCCUUGAGUAGCCUGUGGGAUGAUACACAAAAUGUGCAAAAUAAUUUUUCAUGUGAUAUGCUACUUUGAUUUAGACAUCAUACGGUACUACAGGUAAGUCUGAACAAACUUGAUUACCCCAAGUUAAGGUAAUUUACUUCGUUUAACUACAUUUUUUUCUUAACAAGCACUUUGUAAGUAUUGGCAACAAACAGUAUCACAUCAUAUUGAUCAUGUCUAUUCAGCAUGCAGAGCCCAUUUCAUCAUAAAAACAGCGUGCGCUAGCAGGUUUAGCAAUGGGUAGUAGUGGCAGUAUUUGUUAAAGUCCUAAAAAGAGUACACAAGUACACAAAAUAAUAAUAAGUAGUUAAUGAGGAAUGAACCGACCAAACCGCUACCCAGUAGUUCCUCAUUAGUUCAUUGGAAACUACUGUAUUUUUGUGUACCUUUUAUUGUAAAAUGACACCAAGUGCAAAACUUGUCAUGCACAAGUUUCCCCGUGGUGUCACCGAAUCGGGGACGUUUAAUAUGACUCUCGUAAUGAAUUUGGAUUUUUCACAAUUUCAUGAUUGGUAACAGAAACUUCAGAAUUUCGUGGAAACUACAAGGUGGAUAUUUAUAAGCAGCUGGCGGCAAACAAAGCUAACCUUUUUUGCAUUCCCAUCUAGAUUUCUUUUCCAUUGAACUGUACAGAAAUGUUGUUCACAAAAUCUGUGUUAGUUAGUACCGUAUUUUCCGGACUAUGAGUCGCUUCUGAGUAUAAGUCGCACAAUGUCGAAAAAUGCAUAAUUAAGUGGGAAAAAAAACAUACAUAAGUCACACUGGAGUAUAUGGUAAUGGUAAUGGUUUGAUUUCAUUUGAACAUGCAUCAGAUUACAAUUGAAUGCAUCCCAUAAUCAGUUCCCAGUUCCACAAUUUCAUGAAUGGUAACAGAAAUUUCAGAAUUUCUUGGAAACUACAAGGCGGAUAUUUAUAAGCAGCUGGCGGCAAACAAAGCUACCCUUUUUUUUUUGCAUUCCCAUCUAGAUUUCUUUUCCAUUGAAGUAUACAGAAGUAAGCGAUGAGCACGGAGAACCAUUCCCUCAGGAUAUUGAAAAUAUACGAAAAGAUAAUCGGUUAAAAGAGUGUAGGAAACAAGCCAAAUAGCGUUGUUCAGAUUCGGAAUCGAGGGAAUUGUGUUAUUUUAGCCACGUUUACUUGUUCCCGUUUCCACCACGGAGCGCGACAUUGACGCUAACAGUCACAUGUUUUUGCUGCGUGAUUCCAAAUGUGCUUGUAACAUGCUGUUGUUUAUAGUUUUAUUUAGUUUAUAUUACCCCGUUGUUCCUUUUUAGUCUUUUGGUUCUAUGUUUUUUUUUUUUUUUUAUUUUGCGGUGUUUGUUGGUGAAAUGUCUAACGUCUAAUUAAAAGUGAGUGUGUAGUGGAGUAGUUGUGUUUACUUGUGCAAAGCUUAGAGAAUAUUCAGAAGUCUUUUACACGCUACACGUUACACUUUUUUUUUCUGUGUAGCAAACGUAACAAAAUAAUAAACUACUCAUGCUGUGAGGUCAA